UUUACUACAGAACAUAAGGAGAGGAAGUUUGCAGUGGUGCAGUGGAGUGAAGGGGAGGACUAUGGAAAGCUUAGUGAAGUAAAAACUCUUAACAUCCGGGGGUAUGAUGACUCCAAGAUGGACCAGCAUGGGAAUCCCAUUUCCACUUACUCGGCCGUCACUGAAUGGCGCCAUGGGAAGAAACAGCGAGGAGGGUGGCCACACUACAGGGGCACUGUUGUUUUUGUCUGUGCUACUAGUUUUGAGGCAGCUCGGAAAAUUAAUGCACUGCUGAAGGAAAAUGUCCAUCCUGAAAACUAUCAGGAUGAUUCUGAUGACUCCGAUCCAAAUGAGACUCAGAUUCUGUCCCAGCCAUUGCAACUCAAGAACUCAAAGGCUCCUUCAAAGAAAGACCCUGCACAAGAAUUCCUUGCAAUGUACAGUCAUUCACCGCCUUCAGUUGCUUAUGGUGAAAAAAGUCCAAAAAAGACAGUAGUUGAUCUAAAGCGGAAGAUCCAAGACCUGAAAGAAGAGAAUGAUAAACUGAAGGAGUUGCUUGUCCAAGAUGUGCCAGAACUCAUGAAGACAAUGAAAAAGGUGAUUAAUUUGGCUGAACCUUGUUACGGGUUCAAAAUUGAGGACGAGAAGAUCCAGUUUGAAGCUUCCCCAGAUUUCUCCGCAGUCCACGCCCGGUUCAUCAUCAGAUGGUUCGCUGCUGCCCGCUCCCAAAUCUAUUUCAUCCUUCUCAACACCAGCAUCUGUCAUUCUAUCAACAAAGGAAUCCCAGUCAUUUAA